GUGGAGGGGAUGAUUUGGAUCACGUCGUCAUGCACAAACGACGCUCUGCUCUACUCAUUCAGUCUCUUGCCGUUCGUGAGCGGAGCAGUAGUGGUGAUAGUUUGACCAUGUCUGAAAUGUACAAACUAGGUGAUUUGGUAUGGGCGAAGAUGAAGGGAUUUUCACCAUGGCCUGGCCGGGUAUCCAUUCCUUCAAAGGAUUUGAAGAAACCAGGAAAUACUAAGAGAGGACCAGUACAAUGUAUUUUCUUCUUUGGAACUAAUAAUUAUGCAUGGAUAGAAGAAUCCAAUAUCAAACCGUACCAACAAUAUAAAGAUACUUUGGUAAAAUCGAGCAAGUCUGUUGCUUUUAAAGAUGCAGUGGAAGCUAUAGAAGAUUAUAUUGCGAAAGGAGAGGUAUUUGAAGAUGGCUUAGAUCCAGACUCAUUAUUUGAUAGAUUGAAGGAAGACACAUUAUCUCCGGAUAAGAAAAUGGUUUCAAAGAUACCGAAACCACGCAAGGAGACACCGAAAGCUAAGCGAUUAGAUAGUGGUGGUAGUGACACUCGUCGUCCAGCAAAGAAACAACGCAGAGAGUCCAGUACAAGCAAUAGUAACCGAGUCGGUAGCAUUAGUCCUGCAUUGAAUCAUUCUACUCCUACAAGGAAGUCAGGUUCAACUCUUCUGAACAGACCAGCCAUCAUCACCAGACCUUUUUUAUGGGGUACCAUGAUGUGUGAGUUGUCCAACUUAUCAAAUACAGUAACACCACCCCUGGACGUCGAAACCCUAUCUCAAACACUCAAAGAGAAGAAUAUUCUACCGUCAAAUUUGAAAUUUGGUUUCCUCGGUUUGGGAAUAAUGGGCAGCGGCAUCGUUAAAAAUUUGAUCAACAGUGGGCAUAGCGUGAUUGUGUGGAAUCGAACACAAGAAAAGUGUGCAGAUUUUGUAAAGGCUGGAGCAGAGCAGGGAUUAACACCUUCGGAUGUCGUAAUGGCAGCUGACAUCACGUUUUCUUGCGUGGCUGAUCCGCAAGCAGCAAAGCACAUGGUAUUUGGUAACUGCGGCGUAUUGAUGGAGAUAUCUUCUGACAAGGGUUACGUAGAAAUGACAGGAAUAGACGCGGAAACAUCGCAGGACAUCGCCGAGGCGAUUAAUGGAAAGGGUGGUCGUUACCUUGAAGCACAAGUGCAAGGUAGCAAGACUCAAGCACAAGAAGGAACAUUGGUCAUUCUUGCGGCUGGAAAUCGUACCCUAUUUGAUGAUUGCCAAUCGUGUUUCGAGGCAAUGGGUAAAAACAGUUUCUACCUUGGCGUAGUUGGCAACGCUUCCAAGAUGAAUCUCGUGUUACAAUUGAUGGCUGGCGUAACAUUGGCGGGUCUUGCCGAAAGUAUGGCUCUUGCUGAUAGAGCGGGACUUCAACAGAAAGAUGUUCUUGAAGUUUUAGAAUUGACUUCUUUAGCUUGUCCAGCAAUUAUCGAUAAAGGAAAGGCUAUUAUUGAAGGUGGUUUCCCGACGCAAUUACCUCUCCAACACAUGCAGAAAGAUCUUAGACUGUCAUUAGAAAUGAGUGAUCAAUUAGAACAACCUUUGCCAUUGGCUGCAGCAGCGAAUGAGGUUUACAAGCAUGCAAAACGUGUCGGUUACGGUGAGCAUGAUGCCUCGGCUGUUUACAUUCGAGCCAGGUUUUAAUGAAGGAAGAACAUCGUCGGGCUUUUGCUAAGAUCAUAUUUAUUGCAAUAAACCUAACGUUGUUUCCCAGCGCUAAUAUACACAUAGAUGGAAAGAGAGAAUUAAAGAAAGAGGAGAGAGAGAGAGAGAUAGAAGAAUAAUUAAAUAUGCGUCGACUUGUCGCGAAAAUCAUUGGUAAAUAUGUCCACAUAUCUGACAAUGAAUGAAUGAAUGAAUGAAUAAAGAAAGAAAGAAAGAGAUUAAACAAGCAAGAUAAAGAGACACAACACAACGAAGUAAGAGAAAAUAAAAGAAGGACAAAUAUGAAUUAAGAGAAUCAUCUAUGCACGUCAAAAAAAACAAACUAACACACCCAAAAUGUCGCGAGUAUAUUAUCUACUUAAAUAUAUACUACUUUCGUGUUGAGGAAGAACAAAAAAAAAAAGGACGCAUUUAUCGUGAAAAUAAUGUAUUAACAUUUUUUCGCUAAAAUCCAAUCCGGUAAUUUUGAAACAGUCAUUUUUACAUAAGAAAAAAGAAAAUAAGAAUAAAAUAUCAUUGACCAGAGAGUGGUGGACUAUCUCUAUAGAUUAGAACAGAUGUAGAAAAAGAAAUAUGAAAGAGAACAAAAAAUCAGAUAAACGCCAAAUACAAUCGAAUAACGGUAGAUUUCUUUUUAUCAUCGUGAUGGUCGAGAUUCAAAUCUACACAUAUGUAUACGUAGGCGUGCAUAUAUAUAUAUAUAUAUACAUAUACAAAUAUACACAUAUGAAAUUGUCAUACAUGUAUUACACACAGAGAGGAAGGUGCAAUUAUCGGCGUAAAUAAUAAGAGUCGUAGGAGGAAGAAGAAAAGGAGAGGAUAAGGAUAAGGAGGAGGAGGAGGAGGAGGAGGAGGAGGUAGAUGUCUGGGUAUGAUUUAAGAUAGAAGAUAUAGCAAAAUGAUAUAUGAAUGUGUGUAUAAUUGUACCAUGGGUUUUUUACUAUCUCAUUGAUAGUAAUGUCACGUGACAUUGGUGUCUUCACACGCGGUAACGCUAUGAAAAAAAAAAAAAGAAAAAAGAAAAAAAAAAGGAGCGUAGAAAUUCGUUCUUUCGAGGAAAAAGUAAUACAAAAGAAAAAGAAAAACAACAACAACAAAUGAGAUAAACAAGAGAGACGCGAGUCGAUGGUUAAUUUCUCUCGAGUCGCGUCCAAAUUGCUCUAUUUUACCAACUUAACUACUACUACAUGUAUAUUGAUGAAUGGAACGUCGAAUCGAAGUGGAGGAGGACUCGGGACGCGUCGAAAAUGUGCCUUACGAUGCUACACGACGCAACAAAUUUCCUUAGGACAAGAAAAAAAAAAAAGAUAAAAUAAUAAUAUUAAAAAAAAAAAA